AGAUUAGUCAUUGUCUGUGGGAAGAUGAGUCUUGAUGGUUAAUUGUUACUCUCUUUUUAUUUGAUGAUUUAGUUGUUUCUUUUUCUGUUCUUCACUCAUUUGGUUUAAUUGUUUUAUUGCCUUCGAUUUGAGAGCUGUUAAUGGAACUGUUUUCAUAACCAUUUAAUAAAGAACUAUUGCUUCAUGUUGGUUGUUCAAUAUGGACUCAAAAUCUAUCGUUUCUAUUAUUACAUAUAUUCUUGUAAUUUUCAAGCUUGUUACCGGUGAGUUUAGUCAAGUUGUUCCUGUCACUAAGUUACCGCCAACAUCUUCUCAGGGCAAAUGUGUUCUCGGUGGUAUUUGUGGUCAUGGUGGAACAUUUCAAUCACCGAUUCCUUGUUAUAAACCUCAUGUACCAGAACCUCUGGUAGACUUAAACUAUAGAAGUCUUUUGAAAGAUUUGUGUCCUUCAUUUUUCAUUGAAAAUGAAAAUCCAUCAGUUUGUUGUACACCAGAGCAAAUUGAUGCACUAGAAAAAUCUUACGAAACGCCUACACAGUUACUCUCCCGAUGUCCAUCGUGUUUUGAAAAUUGGAAGCAAAUUUUCUGUCAAAUGACAUGUUCACCUCGUCAGAGUGAAUUUUUAAAUGUGACUAAAACUCUCAAGGUUUCUUCAAAACCGGCAAAGCUUCAGGUACAAAAUGCCACCUAUUUUAUGUCUCAAUCAUUUGCUGAAGGCCUUCAAAAGUCAUGUAAAUCCGUCCAAACACCUCUUGGGUUGACAGCACUUUCACUCAUGUGUGGAGUUGUGGAUGAUGGGGAUGAGUGUACCUACAGAAAGUGGUUAGAUUUCAUGGGAACUUCAUUUCUUUCGGGAGGCCAUUCACCCGUCCAGAUAAAUUUUACUUUAACCUCUGACACUGAGAUUAAAUCACCUGAUGGUCAAUCCUUUUACCCAAUGUCAGCUCAAGCCACACCUUGUCACAAGAGUAUCGGCUUAGGAUUUGAUCCAUGUAGUUGCGCCGAUUGUGAACAAACCUGUGCUAUUGACAUUCUACCUCGAAGUGCUCGUAAAUUACCACCACCACCCGAACCUUUCACCAUCUUAGGUCAAAGAGGAGCCGCUGUUAUUGGUUAUUUACUUUACGCUAUCAUUUUAAUCAUCACCUCAGCCUAUUUCACUAAUCUAUUUUUCAAGAAAAACAAAUCAUUUGAUCAUAAUUACACUGGCCCUUUACCCUCCGUCAACUCAUCGUCUCAAUUGCCUGAGUUACUUCUUAGUGCUAAAUCAACACAAAGUGAAAAAUUGAGUCUUGGAUUACGUUUCGAGUUAUUUUUCGAGAAAUGGUUCACAAUUUGGGGAAAAUAUGUCGCCGACCGACCUAUUCCAAUCAUGAUCAUCUCUUUGAUCGCAUCUCUAAUUUUAGCCUCUGGUUUGUCAACAAUUAAAGUGACCACCGAUCCAGUUGAUCUAUGGGUCGCCUCUGGAAGUCAAGCUCGAUCUGAUCUGGAAUAUUUCCAAUCAAAUUUCGGAAAGUUUUUCCGAAUCGAGAUGAUAAUUGUUUCUCCAACGGAUAAAACAUUUUUCCAAGGAAAUUAUUUCAACAAUGGGAAAACAAAAUCUGAUCUUUUUGGUCCAGCAUUUAGGAGACAAUUUUUAAAAGAUGUUCUUGUUUUGCAAAAGGAGAUAGAAAAUUUAAAAGUGACCAAUGGAGAUCAUGAUGUGACCUUACAAGAUAUUUGUGUUAAACCGUUAGGAACAAGUUGUGCCACUCAGAGUAUUUUCACCUACUUUUUUGACGAUCCUCAAGAAAUUGACGAUGAAAAUUAUCUUUACAAAGUAGCUACUUGUCCGAGCAAUCCAACGGCUGAGAAUAAUGGAAAAUUUUUGUGUAUGAAAAAAGGCUCAAUACCUUUGCUAUAUCCUGAAGCAACUCUCGGUGGUUUUUCUGAUGAAGACUUCAGAAAAGCUCAAGCAUUAGUAAUCACUUUCCCUGUAAAUAACUUUAACGAUUCACAACUUACCUCUGACACGAUUGCUUGGGAAGAAGGUUUCAUCAAUUUGGUUAGAAAUUAUUCAAAUUCUAGUAUGAAAAUCGCCUUUAAGGCUGAAAAGUCAAUCGAAGAUGAAAUCGACCGGCAAAGUCAAUCGGAUAUUGUUACAAUCGCAGUUUCUUAUAUAAUUAUGUUUAUUUAUAUUCUUCUUGCUCUCGGGGAAAAUUCAAAUAUCAGCACUUUACUUGUUGACGCUCGAUUCACUUUGGGUUUUGUUGGAGUGUUGAUUGUGUUACUUUCGGUUUUAUCAUCACUUGGUUUCUUUUUCUUCUUGGGUGUUUCAGCGACACUGAUUAUCGUUGAGGUCAUUCCAUUCUUGGUAUUGGCUGUUGGUGUUGACAAUAUUUUCAUAUUGGUACAAACAUUUCAACGAGAUGAACGGCGACAAGAUGAAACAAUUAAUGAACAAAUCGGACGUGUUGUUGGUGAAAUCGCACCAAGUAUGUUACUAUCAUCUCUAUCAAUGUCAAGUUGUUUCUUUAUUGGUGCAUUAACACCAAUGCCAGCAGUUCGUAUCUUCGCUCUUUAUGCUGCUGUCGCUUUGGUGAUAAAUUUCGUCCUUCAAAUGACUUGUUUCUUGUCGAUAUUUGUUCUUGACACUCGUCGACAAACAUCUAAUCGUCUAGAUGUUUUCUGUUGUAUAAAAGCGCCCAAAUCGACGAAAUCAACAUCUCAAGUUAUAAAUGGUGGUGUAAUCCAUAGUUUCUUUCAUGAGAUAUACUCACCAUUACUCCUGAAAGACACUUCACGUUACAUUGUGUUGCUCAUCUUCGGUGGCUGGUUUUGCUCAUCAAUCAUCUGCCUUGAUCGUAUUCACAUUGGCCUAGAGCAAGAGGUACUAUUACCUGACGAUUCUUAUAUGAAUGACUUUUUCGCCUUCUACAAAGACUACUUACACGUUGGCCCUCCAGUCUACUUCAUGAUUACCGAUGGUUACAACUAUUCAAACCCAGUGGCUCAAAAUCGUCUGUGUGGUGAUUCAACAUGUGAUCGUGAUUCUAUUCUCAAAAUAUUGAGCCACUUUGCAAGCGAAACCCAAACGAGUUAUCUUGCUUCACGUCCCUCAUUUUGGUUAACAGAUUAUAAUCAAUAUCUGCGAGGUGAUACUUGUUGUAAAAAAUACGAAAAUGGUUCUCAGUGCCUGGGUAAUAAUAUCGAAUGUGAAUCAUGUCUCAGUAAUACUAGAAUUCGUCCCAUGGGUGAAGAGUUCGAUAAAUAUUUACCUUUCUUUUUGAACCACAUUCCAAAUGAGGAUUGUUUACUCGCUGGUAAAGCUCAAUUCUCAAAUUCAGUCAAAUUAACCACCGAUCACAGAGGUUAUAUUAAACCUGGUCCAUCUUAUUUAAUGUUAUAUCUUAAACCUUUGAAAACAUCGAAAGAUUUCUAUGAAUCUCUUCGGGUUUCCCGUCAAAUUGCCGCUAAAUUGACCGAAAAGCUACAAACGGAUGGUAUGACAACUUCGUCAGUACGAACUUAUAGUUUUGCCGAUGUUUUUUACGAACAAUAUUUAACUAUGUGGGGAGAUACCGCUCGAAGUUUAAGCCUUUCGAUCGGAGCAGUUUUCAUAGUUACUUAUCUAUUUUUUGGCCUUGACUUUUAUUCAGCAAUUAUCGUAGCAUUUACAAUUCUCAUGAUAAUAAUUAACUUAAUGGGUAUGAUGUAUUGGUGGGAUAUAUCAUUAAAUGCAAUCUCACUUGUUAAUUUAGUUGUGGGCGUUGGAAUAUCGGUUGAAUUUUGUUCUCAUCUUGUAAGAUCUUAUAUCAUCUCUCCGGCAGCAACUCGAAUGCAAAGAGCUCAUGAAGCCUUAUCAACAAUGGGCAGUUCUAUUCUUUCCGGUAUCACAUUAACCGAUUGUGGUAUCUUGGUUUUAGCCUUUGCUAAAUCGAAAAUUUUCCAAAUAUUCUAUUUCCGAAUGUACCUUGGAAUUAUCGUCUUGGGUACAUUACAUAGUCUAAUUUUCCUUCCGGUAUUAUUGAGCAUAAUUGGUCCACCAUUUGACGAACAGCGACUUUCAUUGGUUGACAUUAAAUCAUCUUCAUCAUCUUACCAACUCAAAGCAAUCAAAUACCAACAGACAGAUUCAUCUGAUAACCAGAAUGCACAAUCAACCUAAUUGUUUAUCAGCAAUUUAAUUUGUAGACUUUUAAAUGUUUAGUUUUUUUUUGUUAAUUUUGUUUUUCCAUUUUGCAAUAGACACAAAGACUUACGAGCAAUUUAAAUUAAUUGUGUAUGUAGAUCAUCAUCAUCAUCGUCAUCAUGCAUUUAUUGUAAAUAAGCAAAGAAAAUUCUUGAGAAUCUCAAUUUUGAUGAUAACAAUUAACUAACUUUUAUCAUCAAAAUUUCCAGCUACUUGUCUCUUGUAAUUGCAAUCAACAAUUAAUUCACAAGUUAAAUCUAAAUCUUUUUAUAAUGUAACCAACCCCAUAGCUUUUAUUUAUUUUUAAACGCAAUUAAUUGUUAACAAUUAUAUAUUUAAAUUUAACUAAA